AUGAAUUAACAAAGGGAUCUUCUAACAAUGCCUCUCGUGUUUAAUGUCAUCAAUUUAAAAGAAAAGGAUCCAACCAUCUUUUCUUUAACAAUUGAAGGCAAAUUAACACUCUUACACAAAUUAAUAAAUUCUGUUGAUAAUGUUAAACAAGUUGUUAAUUCAAAAGAUUAAGAAGGUAAAACUGCUUUAUUUUAUGCUUGGUAAUUUUGAUAUUGAUUUCUAGCUAUUUUAACUUCCAAAAUAUUGUGAUGUUUCUAUUGAUGAAAGGAGCCGAUCCAUUUAUCAUAUCGACAUCUGGUCACAAUGUCUUUUACAUUUGUGCUUAUAGAGGACACAUUGAAUGCCUUUAGAUCAUAUAUUAAAUGCUCAGGCACAAUUUGAAUAUGAGUUCUAUGGAAGAACUCAAACUUACGAUGAAAAAGUAUAGAUUCAAAAAAACAGAUUCUCAUCAUGGAGAAUUAACAUGCUCAGAUAAGCAUUUAAAAUAAGUACAAUAGAGAUUUUAGGCAUUUCAAACUGAGGUUCACGAUCAAUAUUAAAAAUAUUUGGAUUAGAAUUUAUUGCAUUUGAAUAAAGCUAUCUAUACAAAUGAUUAAUACUAAAGAAACCCAAUUCAUUAUGCUAGUCUUUCAAAAUACACUAAAUGUAUAUAAUGCACCAAGUAUUUAACUUUGUAUGGAUUAAAAAUAUAAGGCUGGGAAUUCUUUUAUGACAUGUUUAUGGAAGUACAACUAUUGGAGUCAUCUUCAGACAAAAAAAUAGAUCCCAGAUAAUAUAUGCAUUAUAAUGAAUUGGCAUCCAAUUUUAUUGAAAAGUACUUUCUUGAAUAACAACAAUACAAUUUCAUGAAAAAAAUAAAGAGUCUAUAAAAGGAUUUAGCAAAUUAAUAAGAUAGUGAUGGUUAUGUAUGAAAUUAUAAUUAAUUACAGACUCCUAUGCAUAUUGCAUCAUUCGCUGGAGAUUUUGCAGCAAUUCAAUUCCUUUUAUCAAUAGGAGGAGACCCAAAAAUUAAAUGCAGAAAAAAGCUAUUAGAUGUAUUGGAGUAUGCUUCAAAUGAUUCUGUAAGGAAAUAUUUGAUGGAUCUCAAAAAUGCUGCUAAAGAAGGAGAUGAAAAGAGCUUCACAUUGUUAGUGAAUUGCGGACAGAAGGUGAAUGGAAAAGCCACCAUCUAUGGCAUAGCUCCAGUUCAUAAUGCAAUUGAACACACUCAUAAAGUCUAAAAUAAGGCGAUGUUAGAUAAGGUACUGGAAAUGGAGGCAGAUGUGAAUGUUAUCGACACAAAUGGAUGGACUCCCUUGCAUCAUGCUGCUUUUUAUGGGGAAUUGGAUGCUAUCAAUACAUUAUAUGAAAGAGGAGCCACUUAAACCAUCUUCUCAAAUAAGGGAUACUAUCCUUUGCAUGCAGCAGCUAUUAAUAAUUAAGCAAAGGCAGUCAAAUUGUUGAUAGAAUUGAGCAAGAAAUAAAAAGAUAAAAGCAUAAGUAGAAAAGAUACAGUUUAAUUUGAUAGAGGAGGUCAUACUGAUUGUUAAGAUGACUAAUUAUGUACUCCAAUGCAUUUGGCAGCAAAGAAAGGAUUUGCAGAGGUUGUAAAAGUAUUGUUUGAAAAUGGAGGCAAUAUUUAUGCAUUAGACAAUAGAGAUUGGACUCCCCUCCAUUAUGCUUCAUUUAAUAUGCACAAAAAUGUAGUUCAUAUGUUGAGUAGAUAUGAUUCUGAUGAAGAUAAAUAUAGUUCAAUGCGUACUACAAAAGGGUAAACUGCUGACCAGAUUAUGACUAAUUCUGAUGUGAAAUUUGCAUUCAAAAGUAGAGCAUUAAUAAUAAUAAGGUAGCAUUGUGGGGAGCGGCAAGAGAUGGUGAUCUAGAUACUGUAAGGAAGCUUGUAACAUUGAAACAUGAUAUCAAUGAAUAGAGUUAUGUUAACUAAUUUACACCUCUGAUUUUGGCAACAAGAGGGAAUCAUUUCCUUGUUGUGAAGUACCUUCUCUCUUAGAAAGUUGAUACAACUCUAAAAGAUAAAUGUAAAUGUAUAAUAUAUGUAGAUGGUAACACCGCCUUGGACUAUGCAGUGAAGCAGUAGAAUUUAAAGUUAAGGGAGUUAUUACAAGGAUAAUGAAAUAUAAAUAAUCUAAUAUUAAUUCAAAU